AUGGCGCGUCAGGGUGUCUGGCAAUUGCAGAAACUCAUCCUCAACUACUGCGAGUUUUCCGGCAGCAGCCGGGGCGCGAGAGUAUUUGUGGAGAAGCUGUGGCCCGAGUUCACGGCAGGCAACCCACAACUGGACGCCACACUCCAUGUGCACCCGGGUCGGCACCCCAACCUCACCGCCCAGUAUCUGAAUGGUAGAGUGCGGACCGUGGGUCUACGAAACGAAGACCCGGACGAGAUCAUGAGGCAAGCCAUCCUACUGCGGAGUUCCACGGGGCGUAAGGCGGCGCUGCAGGUGAAGACUCGCCAGGGCCUCAUCGCCAUCAACUACGCGGCGCGGGCCCGGGGCAUCACCCGGCACAUGAGGGUGCAUGAAGCACGGGCCAGGGUCCCAGAGCUGGUGCUGGUGCAUGUGGAAACAGUGGGCGCCGACGCGCCGCAUGGCGCCGACGCCGGCGUGGGAGCCGAUCCCGCCAAGGGAGCCCCGGCUCCCAACCGCUCGACGCAGAAGGCCUCCCUGGAGCGCUACAGACGAUCUACGGCAGAGGUCCUGACCCUGCUCCAUGCCCAGCUUCCGGGGGCGGUGAUCGAGAAGGCCUCGAUCGACGAGGUCUACAUCGACGUGACGGCAGAGGUGGAGCGGGCACUGAGUCGGCACGAGGCACAUGGGGGCCUCCUCCCAGAGGCAGACAGCGUGGUCAUCGGUGGGCCCCUGAACCCCGGCUCGGAGUUCGAGCGGCGACUGGGGCAGGGGGCAGGGCUGGCGGCCCGGCUCCGCGCCGCCCUGUUUGAGCAGCUGGGCUACACCAGCUCGGCUGGCAUCGCCAGCAACAAGCUGCUGGCCAAGGUGGCAUCUGCCAUGAACAAGCCCAACCGCCAGACCAUCGUCCCGCCCCGCGCCGCGCUGUCCCUGAUGCAGGCGUGA